CUGAGUCAUCAUGACAUCACCGAUUGAAUCAUCCCCAGACAAGGCACAUCAGAACAACAAACUGGCGCAUGGCCAAUUCCUCAAUUUGACCCUCAAUUGAGGGAGCGACAUCAUUUUCAGAGAGACACUAACAUAUAGGAUCUGUCUUCCAGCGACUUGCUCUUUAUCCUAGCAACUAGCAAGAUACUACGGACGAUUUUCUUCCCCGCACUCUUCUCCGCGCGUGCUCCCGAUCACCAGGUACUUCCAGAGUUGAGAGAUGCAACUGGCUUCAGGGACCCGCUAUGCUUCGAUGAUACUACGCGAUCUGGGCAUGGGUAGACGGAAUAUACCUCAUACGCAUGCUUUACAGUUUUGCGGACGGGGUCUUUAUGGGGCAUUGCGUCUCACACAUGUGCUGUCGGAGCUACAACAAUGGAGGCGGGGUGUGCGAUCUGAGGUAAUGAGGAGCGGGAGUGCACCCGCUGAGCUUGGACGGCUGCAUACGCAUUUGAUAUUGAAUCAGGUACCGUAUCGACAGCGGAUGACCUCUGAGCACAACAGGUGGAUGGCGACCCGAAAGAGUAGCCCAUAUGAGCAGAAUGGGGCUGAGCGGCGUGGUGAGGGAGAGGGUAAGCCGCGGCGCGAAACCUAUCCAAGGGAUAGUUUUGGCCAGGAGCCGGAAAAGGGCAAGCUGUUGACUACCCCGUCGAGGCUGCUCAAGCUUCUGAUACCAUUACCGACUGAUAACCCUAGUGAUGUCGAAACCAUCGCUAUACUUGUCCACUCACAACAGCCGUUAUCGUAUCUGGAACGACUGAUUCAAGCAGAGCUGUCAUCAAUCGAGGAAGAUGGAUUCGAAAGACGACCAGGGGUGUCGUUUAUCGCCUUUCAGUUUGAAGAACAUGCGAUUCGUCCACGGAAAGCGCGCAGCAAGGGCAAGAAAUCUUCUGUUGACCCGUCCCAGGAAAUGGAAGUCGAGGAGGUGGCCGUCGCAGAUGACAAAGGGCAAGGCCAUCCUGAAGAGACUCGGCCACCCAAUGAAGAACUCGACACGUAUAGCUCCCUCCGGCAGGCACAGCCCAACAAUGGAGAAGGCACAGAUCAACGAUAUGUGCGAUGGUCGCAUGCAACAGAAAUUGGCGACUUUAUUCGGGAUGCUGCGCGUGCAGGAGAAUUUAUUGUGGCUAUCGAGGGCGCACCCGCUGGACUCGACCAGAUCAGGAUAACGGUUCCCUCGUUCGAGGAACGGACACAUUUCCUUCGCAUGCGGCUACGAAAGAUAUCAGACCGAAUCCGCACAAUUGCAGAGAUCAAACACGAGUGUGACAAGCUGGCGCACCGCGGCGCGCAGCGCGUGGCUCUUGGUGGAUUCGGAGUGUUGGCUUCCUGGUGGUAUCUUGUCUAUAAAUUGACAUUCGAGACGGACUUGGGUUGGGACACGAUGGAACCAAUCACGUACCUAGCCAGUUUGUCGACCCUGAUGGGAGGCUACCUUUGGUUCCUCUAUCACAAUCGCGAGAUAUCGUACCGGUCUGCGCUUGACUUCACGAUCAAUGCGCGCCAAAAGAAACUGUAUCAACUAAAAGGAGUGGACCUGCAGCUAUGGGAGAACCUGAUCUAUGAAGCGAAUGCGCUGCGCCGGGAGAUCAAGACGAUUUCGGCUGAUUACGACACUGAAUGGGAUGAGAAGCUGGACGAGAAAGACGAACGUGUCAUCGAGGUCUUGAAGCAAGAGCGGAACCAGAGGAAUGACAAAGACGAGCAUUCAGACGGUAAACGGGAGCGAGAUGACUGAUGGUUAGACCAGUUUUAGAGUGUAUAUAUUAUCUGUACUUAUACUUUCCUCUGUCUAUGAAUCUAUAGCAAAGCUCUUUUAUCUAAAUGCUGCUAAUAAUAUCCUACUAUCUCGCAUGCCCUAGGUGUUCAUUCCAAGACUUCUUCUGUCCCAUGCCUCACCCGCCUUUCUC